AUGACGGAGACCACCAAGACCCACGUUAUCCUGCUGGCCUGCGGCAGCUUCAACCCCAUCACCAAGGGCCACAUCCAGAUGUUCGAGCGAGCCCGGGAUUACCUGCACAAGACCGGACGCUUCAUCGUCAUCGGUGGCAUUGUCUCGCCCGUGCAUGACUCCUACGGGAAGACGGGUCUGGUCUCAAGCCGGCACCGCCUGACCAUGUGCCAACUGGCUGUCCAGUCCUCUGACUGGAUCAGGGUGGACCCCUGGGAAUGCUACCAGGACACCUGGCAGACCACCUGCAGCGUGCUGGAGCACCACCGCGACCUGAUGAAGAGAGUGACUGGCUGUAUCCUCUCCAACGUCAACACACCCUCCAUCACCCCCGUGAUCGGCCAGCCCCAGAACGAGUCCUCGCAGACCAUCUACCAGAACAACAACAACGUCUCCAACAAGCCCACCGCGGCAAAGAUCCUGGGGAAGGUGGGAGAAAGCCUGAGCCGGAUUUGCUGUGUUCGCCCGCCCAUGGAGCGCUUCACCUUUGUGGAUGAAAAUGCCAACUUGGGGACGGUGAUGAGAUAUGAGGAGAUCGAGCUUCGCAUCUUACUGCUCUGUGGCAGCGACCUGCUGGAGUCCUUCUGCAUCCCCGGUCUCUGGAACGAGGCAGACAUGGAGGUGAUCGUUGGGGAGUUCGGGAUUGUGGUGGUGCCCCGGGAUGGAGCAGACCCCGACCGGAUCAUGAACCACUCCGCCAUACUCCGCAAGUACAAAAACAACAUUCUGGUGGUGAAGGACGACUCAAACCACCCCAUGUCGGUUGUCAGCUCCACCAAAAGCAGACUGGCCCUGCAGCACGGGGAUGGACACGUCGUGGAUUACCUCUGCCAGCCCGUCAUUGACUACAUCCUCAAGAGCCAGCUCUACAUCAAUGCCUCCGGCUAA